CAACCUUCCAAUAUCGCAUAGAAUCGGUGAUGACCGUAGAGACAUAUCUCACCACGCUAUCCCAUGCGCUAGAAAUUUUUCUACAAUAUACAUCAAGCUAGCGAAGCUUAACGCAUGACUCCGCAAAAGGCGGAACGGGAUAUAGCGCCUUACUAUGUAUGAGUCCGAGGCGGUAAGCAAGUUAUGAACAAGGUAUUAAAGACUUGGGGGAGCGUAUUCGUUAUCUACCUAACCUAUGAGUGACGAAACUUGGAUACCUGUUUUAAGAGCCUCAGGUUGAAACCUGUGCUUCGAAUAAUUGGACCAAUAUUCAACUAAUGCAAAUUGCGUUGUCAAUUUUUUAUUUUCCGGCCACUGUGUUGCUUUGACAUAACCCACCUCUACCCUUACUUAUAGAUCUCUACCUAUUUCCGUUCACUUGACAAGAGAUCUUGUUAUCUUCGAGAAAAAAAGAAAAGGAAGAAGAAAAAGGAAUACAAUACCCUAGGACAGCAACUAGCCGCCAUGGCUCUCAAUUACAAAGAAUCAAAAUUAGUCAAGGAUACACUUCCGUCCCUACGCCAACAUGGUGAACACAUUUCAACCGUCUUUUAUAAGACCAUGUUACGCGAUCACCCCGAACUUCAUAAUUACUUCAACACGGUGAAUAUGCACACGGGGAAACAGCCGCGCGCCUUGACGACACUUAUUCUAGCCUUCGCCUCCAACAUCAUCAACAUCAGCGAACUGACGCCGAAGUUGGAACGAGUGGCCCAAAAACACGCCUCACUAAACAUCCAGCCCGAACAAUAUGAGAUCGUCGGGAAAUACCUACUGCGCGCCUUCUCUGCCGUCCUGGGCCCUGCCAUGACCCCCGAGGUGAAAAUGGCGUGGACGAAAGCUUACUGGGUCAUGGCAAAGAUGUUGACUGGCCGAGAAGCCCACAUUUAUCGGGAGUUUGAGGACUGGCAGGGCUGGAGGAAAUUUAUGAUAUAUAGAAAGAAGAACGAGACGGUGGAGGGAAAUAUCGUUUCUUUCACUUUGAAGCCCGUCGACGGAAAGCCUUUACCACUCUUCAUGCCGGGCCAGUACAUCACAUUGAGAAUCACAGUGCCCGGCAUGAAGUAUGCCCAGCUCAGACAGUACUCGCUAAGCGAUGCACCCAGCCACGACCACUACCGAAUCACCGUUAAGAGAGACCAGGGGUCGAACUGGGAUUACCUUAAUAACAAGUCUCAAGACGAUAUUAUGACAAUAUCCUCGGCAGCCAGCAGCGCUUCAGAUAGCAGCAUCGGCAGCGUGCAGCCGUGCAGGCCUGGCGUUGUCUCCAAUUCGCUCAUCGACGAGUUCCACGAAGGCGACACGAUCGAGCUGACGCAUCCGUCAGGCUCCUUUUUCCUGAAUACGAAAUUGGACACGUCGAUGCCCCUCGUGCUCAUUUCCGCCGGCGUGUGCGUCGCCCCGCUGAUCUCCAUGCUGAACACCGUUGUGGAGAAGCGAAUCAACAGGCCAGUGUCGUGGAUCCAGGCGUCCCGGCACGACGCCCCCUUCCAGGCGCACGUCGAGAACAUGGCCAAGAGGCACCCGAAUAUGAGAACUAAGUUUUUCAAGUCGAGGCUGUCGGAUAGCGACGUGCUUUCGUAUACUUCGACUUUUGAGAACGACUUCCUCUCUCUCACAUCCGAAGACCUGUGCCUGAGCAACGGCUCAUCCGAGUACUACGUAUGCGGACCCGAAAAAUUCAUGAUGCAGGCGUCCGAACACCUACAUCGAUACGGUGUAAAACCGGAGAGAGUACAAUUCGAGAUCUUUUCGGUAGGUAGUUUCGAGAUGAGAUUCGAAGACUGAGCGGGAGAGUGAAGUUAGUCAGUCAGUCCAUAUGAUGGAAUUAUUAGUCUUGAGUAGCCAUCUGCGGCACUACUUGAUACGACGCUUCGUGUUUCUCCGACG